AUUGUAGCUUAUAUGGGUCUACGAAAGUCUUGUCCAUUUCUUACAGUUCAAUUAUCAGAUAUAAACCCAGAUCAAUGAUUUCAAUUAUUUAGUUCUCAUUUCCUGUGGAGAAAGUUCAUUUCUCAUUUCUCAGCUUCACGAGUCCUCCGUUCAAGAUGGAGAUGGAGAGGAUUUCUCCAACACGCUUCCUUGUUUUCAUAGCUGCGAUCUUGGUUGCUUCUUCCUCUUCUUCUUCAUCUGCAGAUGAUUCUAAACCAACUUUUGCAGAUAUGUUUGAAAUGUCUUGCCCCGAUGACCAUUUUAAAACCUCUGACGCCGGCCAGAUCUGGCAUUUGUCUUUGGACAAAGAAGCAGGUUGUGGGUUUCAGACAAAGGAGAGAUAUAGAUUUGGUUGGUUCAGCAUGAAACUGAAGUUGGUCGGAGGUGACUCUGCCGGUGUUGUCACAGCAUAUUAUAUGUGCACGGAGAAUGGAGCUGGACCAGAGAGAGAUGAGCUAGAUUUUGAGUUCUUGGGGAAUAGAAGUGGGCAGCCAUAUCUGAUUCAAACAAAUGUUUACAAGAACGGGACUGGGAACCGUGAGAUGAGGCACAUGCUGUGGUUCGACCCCACAAAAGACUUCCAUACUUAUUCCAUUCUCUGGAAUGACCACAGGAUUGUGUUUUAUGUGGACAGAGUACCAGUAAGAGUAUACAUGAAUUCAGAUAAACCGAACAACUUCUUCCCUAACGAGAAGCCCAUGUACCUGUUCUCGAGCAUUUGGAACGCAGAUGAUUGGGCUACAAGAGGAGGACUGGAGAAGACGAACUGGACGAAGGCGCCAUUUGUAUCCACAUACAAGGACUUCAACGUAGAUGCUUGUCAAUGGGAAGACCCAUAUCCGAAAUGCGUAUCGACGACGACAGAGAACUGGUGGGAUCAAUAUGAUGCUUGGCAUUUAUCGAAAUCUGAGAAAUUGGAUUAUGCUUGGGUUCAGAGAAACCUUGUCAUCUAUGAUUAUUGCAAGGAUACCGAGAGGUUCCCCACUUUGCCCUGGGAGUGUUCAUUGAGUCCAUGGGAUUAAGAUAUCAGAACAAAGUCAAAUUUUGAUUUCUUCUUUUGGCUUUUCGCUUCAUGUCAUCAAUCAAUAGCCCAUUGAAUUUUCUUCACUUUUAUUCAAUUGUUACCAAAUUCCUGUAUAUUUUGAGCUGAAUGUCGAGUGCAACUGGUAAUACAUAAAUUGUUAUCAUUCUUAAUUUACAACUUCUAAUAAAUUGGAUUAUUAAUUUUAGCCUACAAUCUACCAGAAGAGUAAAAAUGAUUUCUAGAAAAGAUAAUUCUAGUUCUAAAUCAUCAAGAAAUGCACUGGGAUCAUUCUUAGAGAAAGAACUUUCAAUUUAUUUAAUAGAAACCACUAAUAUUAUACAUAUGCAUCACAUAGAAUGAUGUUCUCCUCAAAUUUCUAACUUGAGAGAGAACUUUUAAAAA